UUGACUGGGUGCACCAUGUGGAGGGAUGCCUUACUGCUGACCUGUGUCUGGUUAGUGGCAGUUGCUGGAAGAUUUACCAGACACGGAGGACACACUCUCGGAACUUAUCGGCAAACAAGAUUGAGGAGAGAAAUUAUAAAGGUGGAGCUAGAAAACCACAAACCUGGCAGACCUAUCCUGAGGAGUCCGGAUUUGACAAAAACCUCUGUGACAAAAUCAGAGCAGCUGCUAAGAAUAGAUGACCAUGAUUUUACAAUGAGACCUGGUUUUGGAGGGCCCGCAAUUCCUGUUGGGGUAGAUGUUCAAGUUGAAAGCCUUGACACAAUUUCUGAAGUUGACAUGGACUUCACCAUGACCCUGUAUCUGAGGCACUACUGGCAGGACGAGCGUCUUUCCUUCCCGAGCACCACCAACCAGAGCAUGACGUUUGACAGCCGGCUGGUGAAGAAGAUCUGGGUGCCUGACAUGUUCUUCGUCCACUCUAAGAGGUCUUUUAUCCACGACACAACCACUGAUAACGUCAUGCUCCGUGUAUUUCCAGAUGGAAACGUGCUCUACAGUUUAAGGAUCACGGUCACCUCCAUGUGCAACAUGGACCUCAGUCGAUUUCCUUUGGACACGCAAACCUGUUCCCUGGAGAUCGAAAGCUACGCAUACACCGACGACGACCUCAUGCUGUACUGGAAGAAGGGUAAUGAAUCCCUCAAGACCGAUGACAGAAUAUCGCUAUCCCAGUUCCUUAUCCAGAAGUUCCACACAACCACUAAACUUGCAUUUUACAGCAGCACAGGAUGGUAUAAUCGGCUGUACAUCCACUUCACUCUACGUCGGCACAUCUUCUUCUUCUUGCUGCAGACCUACUUCCCAGCCACGCUGAUGGUCAUGCUCUCCUGGGUGUCCUUCUGGAUCGACCGCAGGGCGGUGCCUGCCAGGGUGCCGUUAGGUAUCACCACGGUGCUCACCAUGUCCACCAUCAUCACCGGAGUCAACGCCUCAAUGCCCAGGGUCUCCUACAUCAAAGCGGUGGAUAUCUACCUCUGGGUCAGCUUCGUGUUCGUCUUUCUGUCUGUGAUAGAGUACGCCGCCGUCAACUACCUGACCACGGUUCAGGAACGCAAAGAGAGAGAGCUACGGGACAGGCUACCUUGCACCUGUGGCAUUUCCCACCCUGACCCUGCGAUGCUGAGCGCCGGCUACAGUGACAUUGACAUCGACGCCACUGGGAACUAUGGUGACGGACAGGAGAGGACUUUAGCGCAGCUGGGGCUGGGUGACGGACAGACCAGGGCCCAGGUGAAGACGUCUUGGGGCUAUAUGAGUAUGUGGAUCGACACACACGCCAUUGAUAAAUAUUCCCGGGUCAUCUUCCCUGGUGCGUACGCCCUCUUUAACGUCAUCUAUUGGUCGAUCUACUCUUAGCAGCCUCCUCGUACAUUGCAUUCUAUGGAAGGAAUACAACAUUUCCGAUUGUUUCCUUGGAUGCGGGACCCAAGCAUUCAUUUGAUUGUGUGGGUACAGAAUAUAGCUUACAGCAUGAAAACAUUGCUAAGGAAACGCAAGAAUGAACAUAAUGGAUGCCAUCAUUCACAUAAUCUCUCAGAUGGAUACAUGCAAGGAUUUAGGAGUGUUCAACAGAAUCCCUACUCGUCUGGAUAAAUUUUUUUAAAUGUCUGGCAGUGUGCUGCAUCAUGCCCAAUAUUUGACUUUCGCAGGUUUUUCCAAACCCAAAGGAAAUAUUAAGGUAACAGAGACGUAUUGGUCACUACCAUUUAUGCAGUAUUAUAUCUAAAUUUUAAUAAUGACAAGCAAAUUGUUUACCAGAUAAACAUAGUUUUAUUAGAAAUCAAAUGUUUUGCUUAUAUUAUCAUAUUAUCUUGACAUUAUUAUAUAUUAUUUUGACAUAUCAUUUUAUGAAUACUUAUCUCACUGUGUACUCAACCUUUUGCACCUUUUAACAUUAGUGCAUCGGAAAUGUUGCGCGAUCCUUCGACUCGAAACCAUCAGCUUUUCACUUUCUGCCGGUUUUGUUUGUUGUUUUUUGUCUUUUGUUCUUUCGUUUUAAAGCACCGAGUGGGUGUCACAUGGAGUCAAGCUUUUUUUGUAAUGGAAAUGUCAACGAAAGCGCUUCGUUUUUUCACAGAUACUCAAAGUGCCACGUGGUGAAGGGUUGGUGUAGGCCUCUUUCCUUUAUAUUUCAAUGGCACUCUGACCACAGUCAUGGCUGGAUAUUGAGGGGUGGGGGGAUUGGGGCAGGCUGGUGUCCUACAGAUUCCAGCCUCAGAUUGCAGUCAUCUGCAGUUUGGUUUUCUUUUGAAAUAUUAAUUUUGCAUGGGGAAUAAGAGUGGAUUUUCUUUAAUUCUCCAUCUCUUCAGUGGUGUUUAAAAAAUGAAUGAUUAGAGCAUGCAUCAAUUUGGCAGAUUCCUUUAUUAGCUGGAACAUUAUAAGAAAGCCCGUUCUUCCUCUUGUGUGAAUAGUGAUGAGAAUUCAGCCUGUACCAGGUUGCUGAAAACUACACAAGGUACAAUAAAACAUGCUCGGCCAUUCAGGCUCUUGCAGUCAUUGACUGUGGAGCUGUUGAUAUGCAUUUAGUACAUCGUCACGUCAAGUCCUGUGUUUUUUAUAUCUUCAUAUAAUAAAAAGGUGACGUGGUGUAUCCUCACACAUCCUAGGUUGUGGGCUUGAUUCCAGCUGUGUGUGUGUGUGGAGUUUGCACGUUUCUCCCCAGUUUGCUUAGAUUCCUUUCUCUCCAGGCAGAAUCAUGCGAUUUAGUGGAAUUAUUGUCUCAGAUUGGCCACCGUGUGUGUGUUGUGUGUGUUUUGUGAUAGACUAGUAUACCUGGCAAAAUAUCCCCACCUUGUCUCCUGUUCUCCUCGGGAUAGACUCUAGACUAUCAGCAGCCACGUAUUAGAUAAGUGGUUAUAGAAGAUGGAUAGGUGUAAUAAACAGUGGUACCUGUAGCCAAAGCUUCUAUUCAGGCUUACAUUCAUAUUGAAUCCAGAAUUACAUUUGUCAAAAAGCCUUUCUUAGGAAACGCUAGAUGGCACCAUGGUAACUUAAUGCGGAAGAUCGAUUCUGCUACUGAGAGACCCAAGUGCCUGGAAGUGGCCAUGACUUCAGCCGCACAUGCCCCCCUGUAUCAGACAGGAGCUGAGAAUGAUAUUGUUUUCCCCACUGAGUCGUGCUGUAACCCCUCGCACCUUCCUGGCACAUUACAGUUGGUAAGAAUCACAGCUAUUCCGAAUUUAAGGCCUACGGUGAUGUCACCCUCACACCAAAAGCAAGCGGAGUGUAGCACGUCGAAAAAGGCUCAGAUAGGUCUGCAUAAUAACGGCAGAAUGUGACCACUGCUGUUUGGCUGAUUGUCGGCCUCCUGGGCCCAUCAGUUAACUGAGGUCCAUUUGAAUUACAGGAAAUGCUAUUGCUGGGCUUUCAGGCAGAGCAAGGAGGCCUAUUCUUGACUCGAAUAUCACUCAUGUCAAUCUGACUCUUGAACAGUAUUGUGUUACUAUGUCUGUUGUUGGCUGGCGGACGAAAAACCUCAUAUCGCCUGUUUCCAUCUCUGACGCUCAUCUGCUUUUAUAUCUUAAUAAUCCUCCAAAAGUCUUGAUUGCAAAAGGAUCCACAGAGACUUCGGAUUAUUUUCUGUGUUUAUUACCCCUGUGGGAUUGUGUGACGGAAACAGGUGUCACUGCUUACGAUGUAUUUGUUUCGUACAGAACGCUGUCGGAUUAAAGCCCGGAAACAGGUGUUCUCUGCUUAUGAUUAGCUUCUCAUGAACACGAGCGAUUUAUCAUCUCGGCUCUGGUGUGCGCUGGAUGGUGUGUGGGUGUACAUGUGUAAGUGGACAUUUCAUCCCUUCCAGUUCUACACUCCGGCAGUUUGCUGCCGUUUUUUUCACACAGGGAACAGGCUGCGUCUGAGUCUUCCGCUCAUGAAGGAUUUUUUUUCUUGCCUUUUAUGUGUCAGUUGCUGUCAGAAUCUUCGCCCUCUGAUCACUGGAACGGAGAGUAUAUUGCAUGCUAAUUUUUGGCUAAAUAAUGACUUUUUUAUUAUGUCAGAAAAGGUGAAAUUCUAAUAAGAUUUAGUCAGUUCUCUCAGCACUCGUUUCCUUGUCAUAAAUAUAUUGCAUCAGUCAAUAAAUCAUUUCCCCCUUUUUAAAUAUUGUUGGCAUGCAGAACACAUUCUUUAAUUACUUCAAAGCAAAAUUGCGAAAAUUAAUUCCCUGCUGUUGUUGUCAUAUUUUAUGCUGGAUAAUAUUAGUGUCCAGACAUAUUGUUCAUAUGACCAAUAUUAUUUAUUUAAUAACUAACCUGAACCUGUCUGCACUUUCAUCUCCUGAAAGGUCGCCCUACCUUCUGUCCCUACUAGUCCCGUUGAAAUGAUUCCUUUAGCUAUGGAAACAUACUGCAUGCUAGAACCCAUGCGUUCUUACUGUAUUUUAACUUAUUUUGGACAUUAGAUGAUCAAACGUCUCCAUCGCAGUUUAAAAAAUGGGGAAAAGGGUAUUUUCUGUUUAUAAUAAUCCAGGACUGCAUGUUUUUUUUUAGACUUGCAUUCUGGGGUGGACUGGUCAUCUUGCAACAUAGGUAUUUUCACAUGAAUUUUGCGAGCCUCAUCCCCAGCCAGUUGUUCUAUGCCAUUCUGCACAGAUGGGAUGCAGAAGACCAGGCCCUUUUGCAACUCUAAAUCACAUACUUCAUUUGUUCUCUGUGCAGCUUUAACAUUUUAAUGAAUGUUAGGCAUUUUUAAAUGUUUUCCCUUAAUGACUCAUCUGCUAAGAUGGUACACGAGUGCUAUAUCACAAUCGGGUAAUUGGGCAAGGUCUGUGUCUUUCGCCAUCAUGGGUUUUCUGAGCCGGUAUUUUGCUUCUGUGUCUGUGGUCUCACUUAGAGGGAACCUCGCAGCAGCCCAGCAGUUUGCUGUUGUGUUCUUGUGUGUCGGCUCUGUGUUCUGCUUCCUGUUCUGGGUUAUCUGAUAUUCCGUAUUUUAGUUUGCUUUUCCUGCACCUCAUCCCGGUACCGCCCAUCCAGUUAACACAUUGGUUUUAAGGCGUGCUGUCCAAUGGUCCAAGGCAGUGUUUCCAAUUCUGGUCCUCGGGAACCCGCGGAUAGUUCAUGUCUUUGGUCCCUCCCAGUUUGCUGCCAGACAGUCCACAUUUUAGAGAGCUGGAAGGGAGCAAAAAUGUGAUCUGUGGGUCCCAGAGGACCAGUUUGGGAAACAUUGGUCUCAGGGGCUAUAAAGUAGAAAAACUGGCAUUGUAGAUGGAUGGUCCGGUUGAGGGAGCUCUGUUUUGGAUUCUCUUGCUUGUGAAAGUCAAUAAACAUUUUUUAACCAAGCUUGGAUGUAAAUGCUGAAUUUACAAAUUUGACAAUUCCACUAUUUACAGGUUAGAGGACCCCUUUAGGUGCCGACACUGGGCUCCGCAUUGCCUGUAAAGUUUUAUCGAGUUUAGUUUUAGUCCUUUUGUAACUCAAAGCGGAAUAAUGGGGAGUUCAUCAUUUGGUAUUGAAUUUCACUGCACUUUCAUUCAAAUCCUGCAGCAUAAGUGCUGCUUUUCUUCAUUGCAACUUAAAUGAAAAGGAAUGGAAGUAAUUG